AUGAUCAGCAGCAAAAUGUCUGUACUUUGUGUAACACAAAUGAAAUUGGCUUUGUUAAGCGAACUCAGAUUUCACUGCUUUUUAAUAUAUAUGACCUUGUUAAUGUCUUCGUCUAUAAAUGAAAAGGUACGUUUUGUUUAUUUUAAUAUAAUUGUGUUAUUUCUCAGAAUAAACUAGUUAGUCACUAUUAAAUUUCUUGCCAGUUGUCAGACUGCAAAUGCAGAAAUACGUGCUCGAAGAAAGAUGGCGAAAAGAAGAAGGGUUGCCCCUGCAGAACAGCUGGUCGUUACUGUUCUCAGUUAUGUGUAUGUGGAAAUAAAGAGAAAUCAUGCGUAAACAAGGUAGGUUUGUUCAUUUUACAUAAGUAACUCAACACUGUAUUGCGCCUAUUUUGCAUAACAUAUUUGGGAAAUACGUAUUCUUAUGCAGAUUUAUGGCAUAUAUGUAUAUAUUAUAAGCUCUGUUAUGCAUUUCUUACAUGUAUACUUCGUUUCAUAUGUUUUAUCUUUUCAUAUAUUUUUGUUGCAACUGUUUAUGAUGUCGGUUGAUUGUUUAUUAUCUGUUAUGCAGGAAGGAUAUGUUCCGCCAACAAAGAAGAAGAGAAGUAAAUCCCAAUCUGCUGGUCAAAGUAGCCAUGAUGACCAGUCAAAUGAUCUAUCAACACCUGCCUGA